AUGACAGGAAUUUAUACAAUAGGCGGUUCAGGAUCGACUGAUCCGUCGAAGCGCGACCACGCGAGGUCUCCUGCUGCCGCGUUUUCCCUCUUUCCAUCGUCGCCGUUCGCGGAAGAGCUCCCCUCGCCGUUGUCACCCCCGGAUCUGUCACCUCCACUCUCCCCCUCCGUACAGUCACCGGCGCAGCAGGAAGUGGAGCUCGAGGAACUAGCGGGGACGGCAGCGGGGAACGGGGGGGGAGAAAGGCGCGCAUCCGCGGACGCGGGGGAAGGGGAAAGGGGGAGAGCCAUGCGUAGAGAAGAAGGAAACGGGGGUUUGGAGGGGGAGGCGGAGGUGGAAGCGGGAAUAGGGGAGGCGGGGGGGGGGCCAGGGGGAGCGGAGGUGCAGUUGGGGUCAGCGGAGGGAGCAGCAGCAGCGUCUGGGCUUGUCUAUUGGUCCGGUGUAACGACAGCUACAGACCCUCUGGGGAGCGUUCAGUGUCCCAAUUCUGAUGUGGAGCAGGUCAGAGCUGUGGCUUCCAGGCUGCUUCCUGCCAUAGCAGCGGCCACAAUCGACCAAUUGGAGAGCUCAGUAUCUCUCUUCACCUCCCCUCCAUCCCCGUUAGAAGCAGCAGAGGCAGUCAAAGGCGAGCUGCUCACGUUCCUCGACUCCCGCACUAAGAGCCUCACCGCCCCUGCUGUAACCCCUCCUGCUGCUGCUGAUGUUACCGAGGCUUGGACUGGGGUCUGGCACGGGCAUGGGGGAGAGGAAGAAGAGGGCGGAAACGCUGGGAAUGGAGGAGCAAGGGGAGGAGGAGAGGUAGGAGAGGGUGGAGCAGAGGCUGCAGCUAGUAGUUCAAGGAAAGAAGCCUCGGUGUCAGGAGUGCGGCAGGAGAAGCAGAAUGGAGAGGAGAAGCAGCCGUUCAACUCUCCUGUGGUUACCACCAUCCAGGCUCUUCUAGACGAGUUUGUGGCCCAGCGCCAGAGCUUGCUGAGUCGCUUUUCAUCCGCGUUCAGGCGUGUGGAAUAUACUGAAGAUAAGGUUGCGUCUCUGGCUCAGCAGUUAGAGGAAUCUGACCUGCUUGACAAGGCUUUAAGGAUCAACCUUGCUCAGUCGCUGAUUCGCCGCGUUGACGCUGCGGGUGCCGCGCAUUGCUCGGCGCAGUUCGGCACUGUCGCGGGGUUGGAGUCACACCGGGAACGGUGCCCGUUUGAGGAGGUCCAGUGUGCGAAAACGCCCUGCUGGGAGCGGGUGUCGCGGUACAGAAUGGGCGUACACGAUAAGAAGUGCCCCCUUAAGAUGCUGCCGUGCCGGCAGGGGUGUAGACUGACGAUAGCACGAGCGGGUAUGGAGAGGCACUGUGCGACGGACUGUGGGAUGAAAUCCGUCCCCUGUCCGUACGCCCCUAUGGGGUGCACGCUGCCUCUGCUGCAAAAGGACGUGGCGAAGCACUGUAGAGAGCGGGUGGAGGGGCAUUUGCGGGCGGCGUGCCAGCUGGUGGUGGAGAUGAGGCAGGAGGGGCAGGUGAUGGCCCGACGGCUCGACAUGCUGGAGAAGGUGAGAAAUUGA